AUGGAGAGGAGGAAGGAAAAGGAUGGGGCUGUGGCCCGGGGCGGGCUCACAGCCGGUGCACAGGCCUUCAGGGCCCUCCUUCCUGCCCACCUGCCCCACCAGGGUCCGCGCAUGACUCCCUGCACCCUCCGCCCCCACCCCACGCAGGCCCACCUUGCUCACCUCCAGAGGACCGGGAAGGGAUGCGUGGCCCUGGCUGCCCUGGAGCGAUCCUGCCGCCUGGUCCACCCGCCCUGUGAACGGUGA